AUGCUGGCGGCGCUCAGAGGUCAAACAGGCCUGAAAACAUUCGAUCCGGUGUCAUGGCGUUAUGCCCGAGGAAUAAUCAGCUCUGACGACACUCUGUUUGCUCGCUGGAACGCCCCUCUGCUGGAGCGUGUGAUUCUGGACCCUGUGAUGGAGGAGGACGCAGGUACUUAUUGCUGUGUCGUGCAGGAUGCCAGCUUCCGCAGGGUGAAGAGGGUUUACUGGGGGAUCCGGGUUUUGCCAUCCUCUGUACUCAAUCUGGACUACGAGAGCUCUCUGGCCCAGUGGGACUCUGGAAACCAGAAGCAGAACCAGACCGAGUCAGACCAGAGAACGCCUCUGAUUUACACUGUGCUGAUCAGUUUGAGCCUGGCGGGCAUUGGUGCUGGAUUGAUGCUGCUGGGCCUCUGGUGGACACUGAGGAGGAGAGAGUUCAUGUGCUAACACAGUUAUAACUGAUCUUCCAUCGCUCACCGCACAGGCAAUUACAUUUCUGCACAAACAAACUCUUACUCUACACUACCUGUUCAGUAGCAGACCACAGACAGGCUUGUUAGAGACUGCCUGCUGAACACAGUGGAGCAUGUAGCCACUGAA